AUGGAGGCCGUGAAGAGGGGGGUGCUCCUUAAGCAGCACGUGGUCAUCGGGACCCCCGGCACCAUGCUGGACUGGUGCGGUAAAUACAGAAUCAUUGAUCCUAAACUCAUCUCCAUAUUCGUGUUGGACGAGGCGGACGUGAUGAUCGCCAUGCAGGGUCAUCGAGACCAGAGCAUCAGGAUACACAGGCUGCUCCCGAAGGAGUGCCAGAUGCUGCUGUUCUCGGCCACCUUCGAGGACUCGGUGUGGGGCUUUGCAGAGAAAAUAGUCCCUGAUCCAAACAUCAUCCGCCUGAGGAGAGAGGAGGAGACGCUGGACACCAUCAAGCAGUUCUACAUCCUCUGCAGAGAGGAGGAGGAGAAGUUCUCUGCUCUGUGCGACCUGUACGGAGGGCUGACCGUCGCUCAGGCCAUGAUCUUCUGCCGCACCCGCAAGACGGCCUCCUGGCUGGCAGGGCGCCUGACGGAGGAGGGCCACCAGGUGGCGCUGCUGAGCGGAGAGAUGACUGUGGAGCAGAGAGCGGACGUCAUCCAGCGCUUCAGGACCGGCAAGGAGAAGGUUCUGGUGACGACUAACGUGUGCUCCAGAGGUAUAGACGUGGAGCAGGUGACCCUGGUGGUGAACUUCGACCUCCCGGUGGACAUGGAAGGUAAUGCAGACAACGAGACGUAUCUCCACCGGAUCGGACGCACCGGGCGUUUCGGGCGCCGAGGCUUCGCCGUCAACAUGGUGGACAGCGAGCGCAGCAUGGAGCUCAUCCGGCAGAUCCAGAGGCACUUCAACCGCAGCAUCAGCCGGCUGGACCCGGGGAACCUGCAGGAGAUGGAGCUGCUCAUCAGCUGAUCAUCAGCUGAUCAUCUCUUACAUAUCAAUAUAUUAUAGUGUGUGUUAUCGUGUCCCUUUGAGUUGUGUUCAGGGUCCUUGUUUACCUGUUUGCAGAUGCAUGUUGUGUUAGUGUCCCUUUGAGUUGUGUUCAGGGUCCUUGUUUACCUGUUUGCAGAUGCAUGUUGUGUUAUUGACCUUCAGAUACAGGUGUGAUGUUCAGAUGAUGUGAAUCUGCUUCUUCUCCUGAAACUGAGUGUUCCUCCGGAUCUGAAGCUGUUCUGAGUUCACAUUUUGAGUGAAUAAAUCCUGCUGUUGCCCAACAACAA